ACACUGUCCAUGUAUCAGCACAACUGGGACUCUGAGCUGGAGAAACAGAAGUAUGGCGACCAAUGGCUCCUUACUGAGAGCAUUGCCACUUCGAUCGACUCAUUUUUAGCCAACAACGGUGCGCUAGAGGAAGAAAACACCGUCGGCUCUAGGAAAUUUGCUGGUCAGAAUUCGGAAGAGCAUGAACGACAAGAUGUGAAAGAGGGGUCUGAUAUAGCAGCAGAUGCCGUACCUGCUGCUCAUCUCCUGGAUCUUUCAACCUGGCUUAACCUCUCUGACCGCGUCUUCAUGAAUGCGGGUGGCCAGCGGAAAGAUGAAAAUUGGAGUUCCCUUACUGAGGACGACGAAGAACUCGGCAUUUUCCACAGUGCAUUUGCUGAUUUCCACAAGCUAGCAGUCAGCGUCACCAGACGACUUGUUCAUGUGAGCUUAAAUCAGGCUACUUCUCGGCUUCGUGCGAGGGACAAACCGUAUCAUGAACCGACUAGUGAGCCAUCUGUCCGCAAACAAGACGUCAUCACAGCUCUGGACAUACUCAACAUGCCCAAGAAUGCAAGAGAAUUCUGGAUCAGAGCUCCUCGCCGGUCAGGGGUCUUGGUUUACUCAAAGCUUUCGCAGUUGAAAGACGAAGACUUGAAGACCCUCACUUACGACGAAGUGGAACGCAAACUCGAGGGAAAGCCAGGAAGACCCCAUAAAUCCACUACAACUCAAAACGGCGGAAAUGGGGUCCCCGCAGACGCGGAAUCGGACAGUGAUGCCAUCUCUCAAUCAGACGGGGCUGAAGACGACAUGGAAGAUGAUGAAUCAUGCGAUAUAACCCAGGAAGAAUACGCCGAGCAACGUGACCAGGAACAAAGCCAACUUGAGGAGCUACAGCUAUGGGAAAUACUUGGCCAGCCACGUCCAUCAACACUCGCACUGGUUGCUGGCAAACUACCAAGAAGGCCACCGAUUGACCGUAAAGUGGGCGGAGAAUUGAGUGAUUGGCGGGAUCUUGUCGAUUAUAAAUCUGAGUGGGAGCGCUAUGGAGCGACUGUGCCGGAAGAAAGGUUCAAAGAAACGUAUCAAAGGAUGCAGCGCGCAAGGGGAGCCGCAUCUCGGACACGACGUGGUUCAUCUAGGCUCCUACAAGCGGUUGAGGCUCUGGAUGCAACGGGUGUCGACGCAAUGGAUGCCGACGGAAAUUUCCUAUUAGGAGAACGUGCUACGGAGGUUCCACAGACAACAGAUGAGGAGGACUUGGAGGAGCAGCCAACAUCGAGUGAAGAGGAAGCUGAAAACACCGUAGCUGGCACCAAAGAAGAAGAAGACGACGACGCAGACGGACGUAAAGACCAAGGCCUUCCUAUUCGAAGGACGCUUCAGCCACGCCACGCAAGAGAUUCCGCCGCUUCUUCAAUGGCUGCUCUACCACCAUAUUCUGAAGUAGAAGAAUCUUCUGGAGACGAGUAUCAGCACGACGGGAAUGGCUCUCCGUAGAUACCUCCGCCACCACCUCUUUAAUUGAGACAUUCAUUGGGUUACAGUUACAACUUCAAUCCCCAAAAGAGCUUUCCUGUAUACGAUGUCAAUGAACACCCAAAUUGGCUCAGGACAAAACACAGCACAACCACACCCCUCAAAUCUUACCAAAACCGGGACCCACAUACGCAACGUCAAGGGAGCCUCCAUCAGGGACCAACAAGCACAAUUAAUUUCAGACAAUUAAACACUGACAAUUCCUUCACGAAUAUCGUAAACAUGAGCACCUUCAGACGGGCUUGUUUCAUGCUUAAGGCUUAUUUGGUGUUCUUGCCCUCGGCACUCGCACUUCGUCCCAUGGCUUUAUGUGCCGUAAGGCGACUCAGAACUAGUGAGCGUGUUCACAC